AGUACAGCAGAGGAGGGGGGUAGGGGGGCGUAGGAGAGCUCCCGGGCUGCUCCGGCUGCUCCUCGCAGACCCGAGCUGGUCCUCUCUCUCGGGAGGGGCGAAGAUGGCGAGAGAUAAACUCAAGCCCCCCAUCCUCCUCUUGGCCCUCUCCUUACACCUCGUGAAGCCCUGCGCUGCUGCAGAAGCCCAGAAGCCCUCCAUCAUCCCCACAGAUAAAUUAUUAGUCAUAACUGUAGCAACCAAAGAAACCGAUGGAUAUCAUCGAUUUAUGCAAACAGCCAAGUACUUCAAUUAUACUGUGAAGGUCCUUGGUAAAGGAGAAGAAUGGAGAGGUGGGGACAAGGCAAACAGUAUUGGUGGAGGCCAGAAAGUGAGAUUACUGAAAGAAGCCAUGGGAAGUUAUGCUGACCAAGAAGAUUUGGUUGUGUUCUUUACUCAAUGCUAUGACAUCAUCUUUGCUGGAGGCCCUGAAGAACUAUUGAGGAAGUUCCAAAAGAUCAACCAUAAAGUGGUCUUUUCAGCAGAUGGAAUAUUAUGGCCAGAUAAAAGGCUGGCAGACAAGUAUCCCAUUGUCCACAUUGGAAAACGCUUCCUCAACUCAGGAGGAUUUGUUGGAUACGCACCCUAUAUAAACCGCAUUGUUCAGCAAUGGAACCUUCAAGAUAAUGAUGAUGACCAACUGUUUUACACUAAAAUUUAUAUUGACCCACUGAAAAGGGAAGCUCUUAAUAUUACUUUGGAUCACAAGUGCCGGAUUUUUCAGACCCUCAAUGGAGCUGUUGAUGAAGUUCUUUUGAAAUUUGAAAAUGGAAAAGCUAGAGCGAAAAAUACUUUUUAUGAAACAUUACCAGUGGUAAUUAACGGAAAUGGCCCAACUAAAAUUCAACUAAACUAUUUUGGAAAUUAUAUCCCUAAUGCUUGGACACAGGAAAAUGGAUGUAUUCUUUGUGAUUUGGAUGUAAUUGACCUCUCAACUAUAGAAGACUAUCCAAAGGUAACAGUUGGUGUUUUCAUUCAGCAGCCAACUCCUUUCCUACCUCGAUUUCUAGACCUGUUGUUGACACUGGAUUACCCCAAAGAAGCUCUUAAAUUCUUCAUUCAUAAUAGUGAGGUUUAUCAUGAAAAGCACAUCAAGGAAUUUUGGGAAAAAGCUAAAGAUGUGAUCAAGAAUAUAAAAAUUGUUGGUCCAGAGGAAAACCUAAGUCAAGCAGAAGCCAGAAAUAUGGGGAUGGAUCUCUGUCGUCAAGAUGACAAGUGUGAUUAUUACUUUAGUCUUGAUGCAGACGUUGUUCUGACAAAUCCAAAGACUUUGAAGAUAUUGAUAGAACAAAACAGAAAAAUCAUUGCCCCUCUUGUAACUCGGCAUGGAAAGCUAUGGUCCAACUUUUGGGGAGCGCUAAGUCCUGACGGGUAUUAUGCUCGAUCUGAAGAUUAUGUAGACAUUGUCCAAGGCAGCAGAGUAGGGGUAUGGAAUAUCCCAUACAUGGCUAAUGUGUACUUGAUUAAAGGGCAGACUCUUCGCUCCGAGAUGAAUGAAAGGAACUAUUUUAUUCGUGAUAAAUUGGACCCUGAUAUGGCCCUUUGCCGAAAUGCAAGGGAAAUGACUAUACAAAGGGAAAAAGACUCCCCUACUCCGGAAACAUUCCAAAUGCUCAGCCCCCCAAAGGGUGUGUUCAUGUACAUUUCUAACAGACAUGAAUUUGGAAGGCUAUUAUCCACUGCUAAUUACAAUACUUCCCAUUAUAAUAAUGACCUGUGGCAGAUUUUCGAAAAUCCUGUGGACUGGAAGGAAAAAUAUAUAAACCCUAACUAUUCCAAGAUCUUCACAGAAAAUUUAGUGGAGCAGCCUUGCCCAGAUGUCUUUUGGUUCCCCAUAUUUUCUGAAAAAGCCUGUGAUGAAUUGGUUGAAGAAAUGGAACACUAUGGACAAUGGUCUGGGGGAAAACAUCACGAUAGCCGUAUAUCUGGUGGUUAUGAAAACGUCCCCACGGAUGAUAUCCACAUGAAGCAAAUUGGACUGGAAAAUGAAUGGCUUCAUUUUAUCAGAGAAUUUAUUGCACCAGUUACACUGAAAGUCUUUGCUGGCUAUUAUACAAAGGGAUUUGCAUUGCUGAAUUUUGUUGUUAAAUAUUCUCCUGACCGACAGCGUUCCCUUAGACCCCAUCAUGACUCAUCUACUUUUACGAUCAAUAUUGCUCUCAACAAUGUGGGAGAAGACUUUCAGGGAGGUGGAUGCAAAUUUCUAAGGUACAAUUGUUCUAUUGAGUCACCCAGAAAAGGCUGGAGCUUCAUGCAUCCUGGAAGACUCACUCAUUUGCACGAAGGACUUCCUAUUAUAAAUGGAACACGAUAUAUCGCAGUGUCAUUUAUUGAUCCAUAAAUUAUUUUCUUCCCAUCAAAUCAAGUUACCUUUUAUUUUUGGAUGACUGUUGUACAAAAAAAAUUCUUUUCAAGUUAUCAGUGAGAAGAAAAGAGAAUUAUUUAAAUAACUUCUACAAAACAGCUUCACUUGGGACAGAAAAUUUUUAGAAAAAGCUUUUCUUUUAAUUAUUCCAUACUUACAUACAAAUGUCUGCUCUGAGCCUCGAGUCACAAGUUGGAAGAGAAAAAAAGAAAAAAAAAGUUCCUAUGCUGCUCUCGGAGAGGAUGAAAGAAUUAACUUUGAAUUGGUUGUUUUAGUUACUAAAUAAUUUAGACACUAAGGUACAAGUGAAGUUUGUGGUUUGUAAUGUUUGUGUUCUAAUUUUGAAAAGCAAUCCCAGAAGAAUUGUGUUUACUGCUGGUCUGGGGGAAACAGUCUAAGUGCGUAUGAUAGACAAGCAAUAUUUAAAGCCCAAGGGAUCUGGGAUCCCAUUGUGGUGCUGAUUCCUGGCACAUCUCUUUCUCAUGCAUGCCUUAAAAUUCACAAACCAUCAUCUUUCUGAUGAAGCUCUUAGAAGAAGCUUACUGUUCAAAUGUCCUGAAGAAAAGGAAAACUACAAAGUGUUCCUAUUACCUCAAGUAUAUAUCGAGUGUGUGUCAACAUGAAAGUGAACUGAGUUUCUUAUGAUCACCAAGUGCCCUUCAGUCCAAAUGUUAUUUUUUGAAAAGCCAGAAAAUAGUAAAAAAAAAAAAAACCAUAAAAA